AUGACGAAUAAAGACGGCGCUCCACGGAUUAUUGAGUACGAUGGGUUCCGUCUUUUUGGUGGUCCAUGUGUGAAGUGUCCUCCUAGUGCUGAUCCAUGGAUUUUUCAGUUCUGUAACUUACCUCAAAACAGGUGGUACGUUGCAAUUGAUAUAGAUUGGGUAACCGAUUGGUUUAAUCAGUAUGGCAUUAGAGAAUUAUUUGAAAACUUUGAUGAAGCAAUAGAGUUAAUUUCAGAUCAACACUCAGAAAAAUGGAAAGAUUUCACUGAAGAUAAAAUCAAACAGAUACAUGUGCAAGCAACAAGAAUUUACGGUCUUUUACAUGCAAGAUGGAUUACACAGCCAAAGGGAUUGUAUUCAAUGAAAAAGAAAUACGAAUCAGGAGUUUUCGGUCAAUGCCCUCGAGUUUUGUGUAAUGGAACAAAUCUAUUGCCAAUGGGUACAUCCUCAACAUUGAGGAAGCAUGCUGUUAAGCUUUUUUGCCCAAAAUGUUGUGAUAUUUACAAAGCUCCUAAAACACCAACAAUUGAUGGUGCUUACUUCGGACCUGCAUUCCCACAUCUUUUCCUUUGUGAAUUUGUCCAUUUUGAUACAUCAGAUGAAUUUAAACCUUUUGAUCAGAAAGUUUUCGGAUUUAGAGUUCAUAUGACUCCUCAAUCAAAAUAUCGCCCACAUAUUUCGAAUAUACAAGACUUCGAUUUACCUCAAAUAGAGGAUGAAUCUCAAGUUCAGCCUCCUCAAGAUUAA